AAUUGAAAAUUACUUUCUUUCCAUAGUAAACUAUAAGCUGAAACCUGUCAGGUUUUAGGACCUGUGGAUUCCCCUUCCACAGAGGAGGAACUAAGACAGAGGACUUCUGGCUCUAACUACCACAGCAAUCAAUUUCUCAACAACUGGAGCUGCUUCGGACUGGAUGACAAGAGCAUUCUGUUUCCACAAUUUAGGAUUAAGCAUUGGAGCUUUAAUAUUGGAAUAUUUAAACAUAAAUAUAUAAUCAAGGCAUCAUCUGAUUAACUUUCUGAAGCGAUAGAGAGUAAAGAAGAGGAGGAGAGAGAGGAGCUGGAAGCAGAAGAUGCCACGCUGGUCGAUACAUGUACCAUGAGGAGCACAGGAGAUCUACGCUAAAGACAAACAGGAGAAAACAGUUCACCUGGAUACAUUUCACAGGUCACGUUAAACCCAUGCGGUGGUCCAUGCUUGCCCUGCUGCUCUUGUCCUGCAGCCAGAUGUUUGCCCAGCGCCCAGGUGACAUCUGCUUACAAAACAACCACCACGGACAAGACGUCACAGCCAUCCCUGUGCCAACCGUGGAUCCCAAACUCUUCAACAAGAGACGGUACCGCUCGCCCCGCGUACUUUUCAGCGAACACCCCCCCGACUCGGAGCCCACUGGGCACCGGAUGAGGAGCAGGACGAAGAGGAAAGCAGGACCGCCUCAACACCGCGGCGUUUACUCCGUCUGUGAGAGUGUCAGCACUUGGGAGGGAAACAAAACCAAAGCUACAGACAUGUCAGGCAACGAGGUCACCGUCUUGCCUGACGUCAUCAUCAACAACUCCAAGAAAAAGCAGUACUUUUUUGAGACGACCUGCAGCAGCGGGCGGACCGGAGGUUCUGGGUGUUUGGGAAUCGAUGCGCGCCAUUGGAACUCAUACUGUACCAAUUCACACACAUUCGUGCGAGCGCUCACUUCAUUCAAGAACCUGGUGGCGUGGAGACUCAUAAGGAUCAAUGUAGCGUGUGUGUGUGUGCUGAGCCGAAAGUCUUGGAGACAAUGACAAACUGGCUGCUUUUGAAUACUCCAGCAAAAGCCUUAUGAUAUCAAACUUGAUAUUCCAAAUUCCUCCAUGGGAUGG